CCAGAUUUCUCUGUUAUUUCAGAUGAGUGAUUCAAUGUUACAAGCUGGACAUGAUGCUGAAUGCUUCACCUUAGCAAUGUCAUUUCCAGUCAGUUUGAGCCUGCGAGUGCAUUGGGUCUGGACACAUCUCUUGCAGGCUUUCCCACAGUUCCCAACAAAGGGACGUGAUGAUCAUGUUGGCACCAUCAAAGAUGUCUGGAAGAAUAUAGUUGGCCCUCAAGUUGCAGCAGCAGUUGGGAAAGAAUUUGUUCUUGGUCCAUACCAGGAUUUUAUCCUUAGCGUCACAUCUACGUAUGUUAAUGAUUUACAAGACUGUAAGAUAAUGGACCAACUAUGUGGAGGUUUGUUUGCAGCACGUCAGAAACAACACAGAAAAUAUUCCAAUGGUGUGUACUCCAAGCAGGCAGUAGAUACAGCCAUUAAGAAAUUAAGUGACCAAGAUUUCCUCAAUGUCUGUCCAGAUCUUCCUUCUAUACCAGAUGAAGUUGUCUCUUUUUCAAGUCUUCAGUGUCAACAGGCACCCUUAUACAUGGCUGGUAAGAUAUUCAUGUUUCUUAUCAAUCAAUGGAAAGGAAAAACUUUCAACAUAACAUUCAGUAUUUCAUAGGAUAUGCCUUAAAAA